AUGAACAUCGCCCAGGCCCUGUCGUACCUUCACCCCACUAUUUUGCACCGAGACCUCAAACCAGCCAACGUGCUCAUCGCGCAACCUGACAGUGACAAACCCAUUGCCAAACUGGCGGACUUUGGGUUGUCGCGACUCCGUGAUACGGUCCUGAUGACGCAGAACCCCGAGGUUGGCACGGCCUGCCUGCUAUCUCGCACUGCACGGCGCUGCACUGAUGGCAGUCACGCACUCUUUCCGUACACAUCCGUACACAUCCGUACAUUAGGUCUUCACGGAUCUGAGCUCCACUUCCGACCCGACCGUUGCAUUUCCAUAGUACAGGCGCCGUACAUGGCUCCUGAAAUCUUCGACCUUAGGAACAACAUUUUCACCGACCGAAUGCGGUGUGGGCGUCACCGUCAGCAGCGGAAAACGCUUCAGUUGCCCGAAGUCGAUCCACUUGCAGUGCCAGCACUGCAAUAUGGUGAUGUAAGGAGGACCCCAAGACUCCUAGAGACUUACAAGAUGUGUGAUGUGUCAUCAUCAUCAUCAUCAUCAUCAUCAUCAUAA